AUGGAUGGAGACCAUUUCCAGCAGUCAGAAUCAGAAACGAGUGGAUGUUAUAAAGACACUACUCCUAAAAGGAUUAUCUACUUUGCUGAUGGAGACACCAUGGAAGAAUACAGCACAGAGGAAGAUGAAGAAAGAGAGGAACAGAACUCAACGUAUGACCUGUCUAAACUUUCAUGGGAGUCAUACUUCUGGUUUUGGGCAGGUCGAGUCGCACGCAAUUCAAUUUCUACUUGUGAGUUCCUUGGUGAAAGACUUGCUACCUUCUUUGGUCUUACGGAACCCAAACACCAGUAUGUGCUAAAUGAGUAUUACAGAGCACAGAAUGAGGACUAUGACAAGGAAAAUAAAGAGAGUGGAUCAAAGGCCCAGGAUGCUGAAGUUCCUAAUGAAAAGUGUCACCUGGGAGCUGGUGGCCAAGAGUAUGGAGCCAUCUCUCCCAGAGAAGGCCUGGUGGCAGAGUCCAGCUCAUGACGGAGAAUAGAGGCUACCUUGCUUUGG